AUGGGUAUGCUGGACUCAUCCUACUGGGCCUCGUGGGCCGCCUUUGACCUCAUCAUGGCCCUCCUGGUGGCGCUGCUCAUACUCAUAUAUGGCCUCAUCCUGCAGUUCCCCUAUUUCAAGCGCAACGACUCGUCGCUGCUGUUCAUGCUGUUCUGGCUGUUUGGCCUGGCGAUGACGUCAUACUCCUACUGCCUCUCCGUCUUCAUGAAGAAGACACAGGGCGCCGUGUACCUGGGCUUUGUGGUGUUCAUCUGCGGCUGGGUCUUCCAGACCGUCCAGAUCGGCGCGGCGCUGCCCUACUCCCCCCAGUACUACUUCUCUGCCACGAACAAGUACGGCCGCGCCUUCUUCUGGGUCUUCAACCUCUUCCCCUGGAACCCCUUGACCAAGGGCAUCACCGACCUGGGGGCCGCGACGGCGUCGGCCUCCAGCCCGGGGCUGCGGUGGUCGCAGCGCUACAGCUACUGCCGCUAUGUGCCGCAGGACGAGGACCAGGAGCCCUAUGACACGAAGAUCGAGUACCGGGACUACGACUGCGCCUAUGUCAACAUGUUUGUGCAGUGGCUGGCAUACCUGGCUCUGGCCAUAUACCUCAACAACGUACUGCCCAACGAGCUGGGGGCGCGGCGCCCCUGGUACUACCCCGCCCUGCCCUCCUACUGGCGCCCUCGGCCGGCCGCGACCGCCGCCGCGCUGCGGGCCGUGCAGGAGCAGGAGGCGCGGCCGCGGCGCGCGGCGUCCAGCGACGGGGCGGGGGACGAGGAGGUCGCUGAGGAGGAGGAGCGGAUGAGGGCGCUGCUGCACGAGCGCAUAGCAAAGGGCGGUGACGCCCCUGACGCCUCGCGCUUUGCUGCUGAGCUGUACGGCCUCAGCAAGGUCUUCCCCGGCGCCCGCACCGGCCGGCUGGCGCUCCUGCCCUGCGCCCCCAAGGGUCCGGACUUUUGGGCAAUCAAGGGCAGCUGGUUUGGCAUUGAGAAGGGGCAGCUGUUCUGCCUGCUGGGGCCCAACGGGGCCGGGAAGACCACCACCAUCAACUGCCUCACGGGCGUGCUGCCGAUCACUGGGGGUGACGCCCUGAUCUACGGGGAGCCCAUCAGCAGCGAGGGCGGGCUGGACCGCGUGAGACCCCUCAUGGGCGUGUGCCCCCAGUUUGAUGUGCUGUGGGGUGAGCUCAGUGGCGAGGAGCACCUCACCAUCUACGGCCACGUCAAGGGGCUGCCCUUCGGCAAGGUGCGCCGCCAGGCGUCUGAGCUGCUGGAGAAGGUGAAGCUUACGUACGCGCGCGGCAUGCGCAGCGGCAGCUACAGCGGCGGCAUGAAGCGGCGGCUGAGCGUGGCCAUCGCGCUGCUGGGGGACAGCCGCAUAGUCUACCUGGACGAGCCCACCACCGGCAUGGACCCCAUCAGCCGGCGCUACGUGUGGGACAUCAUCCAGGAGGCCAAGGCCGGCCGCGCCAUCGUGCUCACCACGCACUCCAUGGAGGAGGCCGACAUCCUGGGAGACAGGAUCGCCAUCAUGGCGCGCGGCCGCGUCAGGGCCAUCGGCAGCAGCAUGCGGCUCAAGCAGAAGUUUGGGGCCGGCUACGUCCUGUCCAUAGGGCAGGCCGGCGCGGGGCGGGCGGCAGCGGAGUCGCCGGCGCCGGGGGAGGCGUCAGGCAAGAGGGCGGCCGCCGUCAAGGACUUUGUGAGGGAGGAGCUGGGCCUGGAGCCGUCUGACGAGUCGCGGUCCUACGUGGUGUACCUGGUGCAGCGCUCCCUGGAGGGCCGCCUGGUGGGCUUCCUGCGGCGGCUGGAGGCGCGGCGCGAGGAGCUGGGCGUGGGUGGGGGGGGAGGGGGUUAA